AUGAGCAUGUUCAAUGUGUACUUAUUAACAGUACGACUGGCACGGUCAUAUGGCGGAAGAUACCAAAAUACUGGAUGGCCAAAUCCACAGAAGGAGCAUGGAUGUUCAAUACAACUCUCCGUUUCGUCACGUUCAGCUGUGAACACUGUCACAGAUAAGGCAAAGCUUAUGUUCUCGGAGAUGUUGGGAACGUUGCUGCGGAGUCUUAUACUUCGUGCACGCGGAUGA